ACGGAAGAGGCUGUGCGCAUGAGCCGAUGAGGCCUAGCCUAGGCGGCGGGACCCCCAAGUUUGGAAAGCUCUAUUUACGGCUAUGCGAAAGUUCUGUCCAAAGGCCGCUCACAGCCCCUGUCUGACUGGGUGUCAUGAUGAAUUGAGCUCUCUGUUACCUGCGCAUCACAACCGAUAGUAACUGUCCCUACUGAAGGUCCCAGGAGUGCUCCAGCCAGGUGUGGAAAGCUGGUCACGAUUCUAUGCUACUUGGUUCAUUUUCUCCACAGCAACAGAAGAGCCCUCCUGAGAUUGCUAUUACCAUACCUGCCUGUCACCUUGCCAAGGCUGGCCAAUGUGUGUUUUGUCGCAGACUGUCAUGGAGGCCAUGAUGGAGGAAAAGGAAAGGGGAGGCAGAUGUUGAGGCCCCAGAGGCCACAGUGAGAGCAGUUUAGUUCCUGAGGUGCCAGGACUAAGGGGGCAUUGCCCUGUCCCUAGGAUUACAGUGAGCCACAUGUCCAGCCCAAGAGCCAGGAGAGCUGAGGCUUCGAAGACCUCAGGGGACUUCUCUCAGCACUCACAGAAACCUCCUACACCCUCGGAUGGCACAAAGGGACUGUUUUCUUACUCUUAGUCUGAGUGACUGCCAAGAAGGAAGGCAAAGGUAGAGCAACUGGAUCUCUGGCUCUCCACAUAGCUUCUGAUCUCAGACCUUACUAAAACGCCUUCUGGGCCCAAGGACAAAGCUCACAUGAACAAAUGAUUUUGAGUCAUGAAUGAAAAAUCUUGCUCUUUCCAUAGUAAAGAAGAAUUAAGAGAUGGACAGAGCGAAAGAGUGUCUGCUGGGUAUUCUUCAUCAUAUGACAAGGACAAGAGUGUUCUGGCUUUCAGAGGAAUCCCUAUCUCAGAGUUGAAGAACCAUGGCAUUCUCCAGGCUCUGACCACAGAAGCUAAUGAAUGGGAGCCACGUGUUGUGAGUACAGAGGUGGUCAGAGCCCAAGAAGCAUGGGAAGCUGUGGACACCAUCCAGCCAGAGACAGGGAGCCAAGCUAGCUCAGAGCAGCCUGGGCAGCUAAUCUCCUUCAGUGAGGCCCUGCAGCACUUCCAGACUGUGGACCUUUCCUCCUUCAAGAAAAGAAUCCAGCCAACUAUUCGAAGGACUGGGCUCGCCGCCCUCCGACACUACCUCUUCGGGCCUCCAAAGCUCCACCAGCGCCUUCGGGAAGAAAGGGACUUGGUCCUGACCAUUGCUCAGUGUGGCCUGGAUAGCCAAGACCCAGUGCAUGGCCGAGUCCUCCAGACCAUCUAUAAGAAGCUGACCGGCUCCAAGUUUGACUGUGCCCUUCAUGGAGACCACUGGGAGGACCUGGGCUUUCAGGGAGCGAAUCCAGCCACAGACCUGAGAGGCGCAGGCUUCCUUGCCCUCCUGCAUCUCCUCUACCUGGUGAUGGACUCAAAGACCUUGCUGAUGGCACAGGAGAUUUUCCGCCUGUCUCGUCACCACAUCCAGCAAUUUCCUUUCUGUUUGAUGUCUGUGAACAUCACCCACAUCGCCAUCCAGGCCUUGAGAGAGGAGUGUCUCUCCAGAGAGUGUAAUCGGCAGCAGAAGGUCAUCCCCGUGGUGAACAGCUUCUAUGCCGCCACAUUCCUCCACCUCGCACAUGUCUGGAGGACACAGCGGAAGACCAUCUCAGACUCAGGCUUUGUCCUCAAAGAGUUGGAAGUAUUGGCCAAGAAGAGCCCACGGCGGCUGCUCAAGACCCUGGAGCUGUACUUGGCCAGGGUGUCAAAGGGACAGGCCUCCUUGUUGGGUGCACAGAAGUGCUAUGGGCCAGAAGCCCCUCCCUUCAAGGAUCUCACCUUCACAGGUGAGAGUGACCUUCAGUCUCACUCAUCCGAAGGCAUAUGGCUGAUCUGACCUCCGAGAUGAAUGGAGGCUUAAAGGCUGAGCUGCAGGGGCUUUCAGAGGGUCAGUGGAGCCAUGUCAGGAGCCUGGCCAGGCCGCACCCCUUGCUGUCUCAGCAGAUGGGAUAUAGGAAGCUCCUGGGCUUAGCUGUGGGAAGCCAAGUACCCUCACCGGCGUGGGACAUGAGGGGCAGCUAGACUUCACCCCCUUCCCGCAGGCCUGCCUCCAGAGCAAGGAGAAUUCUGUCCUAAUCUGUUGGGCUCCAGUCUCUGGGUUGAAUUCCAGUGUAUCCCACUGGGAGUGAAUGGAUCAUGAGGUGGGAUGGCCCCAUCUGGAUGUUCUGCAGAUCCCCACAUGGGAGGAGAUUCCCAAGUAGAGGCAGCCAGAAUUCUGACUCGCUGGCAGCAGCGGGGCUUUCAGGCACCGGUGUCUGUGUUGUUAGAACUCAAAGGAAGAGGGCAGGGGCAGCAGCCGACAGCGGGCAGCAUGACCCAAGCAAGGGGCCUGAGGCCUCAGUGGGGGUGGGGCAAGGAGGUGCCUCACAGGUGGGUGUCAGGCCCCCUCUGGAGUUUCUGGCCAUUCACUUACCCACUCUCUUCUCCCCUUGACCCCUGCUCCAUUGUUUAUGAUGGAAAAUGGACAUUUGGCUAGGUGUCUCUCACGGCUGCUCCAUCCUAGCCCCCACAAGCUGGGGCUUCCUCCUGUAGAUGCUGUGCACGCCCCGUGAUGGGUUUCUGGCCUAAUUGAGGGAAGGAGGAAAUUCAUACCAGCAGUUUUCAAAUAAAAGAAUUGUUCUAAUUAA